AUGAUACCAAUGUCGUUGUUGGUGUCGAAUUUGAACACAGGUCCCGAGAAAAUCGCAAUACUGUUCUAAACGUUUGUUUUUUUAGUAUGGCGUCAAAAAAAUCCGGUAAUCAUGCUCUCAAUGGUCCGUUGUCUAUCGUCAGAAGUGCCGCCCACACAAGACGACGAUUUUCCGCUGUCCAAAAGGAAAUUGAAGCGAUUGUUCAAGGUUUUCGGAUUUUUACCGGAAAAAAAGAAAAGAGAUUUUCAGGUGGCACAAUUAUCCAAAAAGUCUCGUUCCUAUGAGAAUGACAAAAUUGACAAGCUGAGUGCUAUGGCCGAGUUUGGGUUGAAGUGAGAUUUCGAGAAAUCUUGAAAAAUGUCGCAUUCCCGGGCAAAUUUUUAGAGAAACAGACUUGGCGGAUCUUCCUUCACAAGUGCGUCCGGUCCUCAGCCAUCAUCACCACGAAGGGAAGAACAGUCUCCAACUGUACGCGCUCACAGAAGUCUAUCACAAAGCGCUCAAGGUGCACGGAUCUUCGGAAGCCCUCGAGGCGCACCGCCGUCCGCUCGUCGCGAUGCGGAAAGAGCUGACGGACGCGGAACGCAUGCGGAUGCGGAUGCGAGUGGAGACGACGAAUCAGCACUUGGGCGCUGAUCGCGUCGUCGCCAUCGCUUUUACCCUCAAUUUCUGUGAUAUGGCCAUGAAAUUUACGGGUAUGGGUCUUUGAAUUAAAACAAUUAUGAGUAAAAGUGUGAUUGCAGCCGCCUACCUAACCGGCUCGAAAUCCUUGUUCGCCGAGGCCAUUCACAGUCUGAUGGACACGUGCAACCAACUGAUUCUCCUGCUCGGAAUAAGGUACUCGGCCAAAAACCCGGAUCUGCUGUUCCCUUACGGUUACGGUAACAUGCGAUACGUGACGUCGUUGAUUUCCGGUUGUGGAAUUAUGGCGUUCGGUUGCGGACUGUCCAUGUACCACGGAAUCAGCGGACUGCUCCAUCCGGAACCACUCGAGCCGCUCACUUAUGCGUAUUACGCACUGUUCAUGUCGCUUUGCUUCCAAGGAACGUCGGCGAUCACCGCCUAUCGGGAGGUGUUCGCAAAGGCCAAAAAGGCCAAUAUCAGCAUAUGGAAUUAUGGUAAUUUUUGAUUUUAUCAAAAGAAUUCGAUUAACUUGGUCAUUUUUCAGUGCGCACGUCCGCCGAUCCGUCGCUCAACGUCGUUCUUCUUGAGGACACCGCCGCAGUCACAGGAGUACUACUUUUCUUUGCAAUGUUUUAGAAAAGUACAAUAUUUUACCAGGUCGGAGUGGCCCUGGCCGCCAUCUCCCUCUCUUCGUUUCUCAAUUCGCCGAUUCCCGAUUGCUGCGGAUCAAUUGUGAUCGGAGGACUUUUGGGUAACAUUUUCUACAUUUUACGAGAAAAAGUGCAAAAAUUCGCAGGCACCGUCGCCUCGUUCAUCAUCCGAACGAACGCGGCGCACUUAGUCGGACGGAGUCUUCCGCAACGAAUAACCGACGACAUUGUGGCCAGAUUGAACAAUGAUCCCAUGAUAAGGUGCGUACUAUUUCUUUCAUAGGUGCGGGAUAUUUGAGAAACGCCGAAACACUUUUCCGACCUGGCAGUCGGAUUGAAAUUCCCGAACCAGCGGCAAUCAUAACUUUUUUUUUCGAACCAGGUCCCUUCCACUCGCCUGUUCCGAACUGCCGACACUCAUCUCAAAACACCUAUGAUUUCGUUGAAUUUUCUACGAUUUUUUUCCAAAUUUCAGAUCGGUUCACGACGUGAAAGCGACUUGUUUGGGCGUUGAGCAGAGCCGUUUCAAAGCGGAGCUCGAUUUUGACGGAAGAAUGAUCACGAGGGCGUAUUUGCAGGAGGGAGUCCACAUUCCCGUUGUUUUGCAGGUACAUUUUGACGUGAUUCUUUUCGUUGGAAAAAGCUAAUUUUCAAACAAAUAUAUUCGCAGGAAGUGAAAAAGAUCGAAACGGAAGACCAGCUGGUCGUAUUCAUGGAGCAUCACGGCGAGAAAAUCAUCGAUCGUUUGGGUGACGAAAUCGACCGAAUCGAGGGCGAAAUCACGAAAAAGCACCCGGACAUCCGACACGUCGACCUGGAAGCCCUUUAG